AUGGUAAAGGACAGGCUGGUGGUGACGGGUGCAGAUGAGCCUGUCUAUGCACAUUCUGGAGAGGAUGUGACUCUCAGCUGCUUUGUGGACACCCAUGUUACUGUGAGAGAGCUUCAAGUGGAAUGGAAAAAGACAAACGAUGACGGUGACAUCAUGGUGCUUCUGUAUGCUGAUGGAGAGAACAAACCAGAAUCUCAGGAUGGGAGAUACUCUGGAAGAGCUGAGUUCUACACUGAGGAAAUUCCCAAAAGAAACUUCUCAAUGAAACUGAGGAAAGUCAGGACUGAAGACAAAGGAGAGUUCAGGUGUGAAGUCCACUCAGAUACUGAUUCUGCCAGUACAACUGCCAGGAUAGCAGCACUGGGUUAUUCCUCCCUGCAUUGGCUGAUUCUGGGGCUGUGCAUCGCUGUCACACCUGUAGUCCUACUUACUGGUGCUCUAUCUGUCAGGCAUUUAAUAAGGGAAGAUACAAGCAGACAGGCUCUGUUGGGUCACUGUUCACAUGUCUUAGUUCCACCAAUCAUGGUUUCUGCAGCAUUCAUCCUGUGGGGUAUAAUUGAAGGAUCCACAGAAGAGGCUGUUACUUGUACUGUCAUCAGUCUGCUGUGUAUCCUGGUGUUGAUUAAUAUAGCUCCAUAUCGGGAAUUAAUUACAGAUUCAUGGCAGAAGAUUAUCCUCCACACUCUGACAAUUGCAUUUCCCGUCAUUAUGGUUGCUGUCCUAACAGGUUCUGCCAUUGAGUUCUCAGCUAAAUAUUCCCCAACUCCAGCAGAGAAAGCAAAAUUCGGAGGACUGUUUGGUGGAAUCAUAUUUAUGUUCCUCUUUUUUGUUAUAUUCCGAAUCAUUGGUGUUGUGGUUUGGACAAAAUAUCCAGAAGACAGAGAAAGAAGAGAGAAAAUACUUGCUUAUAUAUCAGGAAUAACUGGAAUUAUAUUCCUGGUCGUCGCAGUUUCAUCCAUAAUUGCUGUCAGUGUUUAUCUGGCAAAAUACUCAGCUGCAGCUUGGAAAGAACAACUUGCAACAUUUUCCACUUUAUUAAUGAUGCCAGUCAUCAUGGUUUUAUUCCCAGCUGGUUUCAGUGUAUUUUGGAUAAUACGUUCCGGAAGGAUGGGAGAAACAGUACGACUUAGACACUUUCUUGUAAUCAUGGAAUUUUUCCUGUAUAAUUCCAGAAUGUUUAACCUGCUGUUCCUUGCUAUUUAUUCUCAACUCAUUGCCUGGAUUAACAACACUUUUAAACUAGAAUAUUUAAUUCUGACUACAGUAGCUGCUUUGGGAAUCUGUGCCUGCAUCAUUAUCAAGGCUUAUUUAAUGUAUUAUGAAACAGUACGCUUGGAGGGAUCUUACUAUCUUGCUCAGAAAAUACUUUUGGGGAUUUUCUUCAUUCUUCACCUAAUAUUCAGUUUCCCGUAUCUAAGUGUAAUUUUUGAAAAUGACAAAGGACGACCUGUAAAGAUCUGCGAAUUUGUGUUUGUCUACAUUUUGACUGUCACAUUGCUCUUUCUAUUCUGGGUUCGGCAACAUGUCUGUGGUACAUAUUUGUUUUAUUUUGAUAUUAUUUUAAAACAAACACAGGAAAACAGCCACUGGAUCUACGGCUGA